AUGGGGAACGAUACCAAUAAGAAGGAGCACUUACUCGUAAUAUUCUACCAGGACUUGUUGGAGGGAAUUCGUGAUGUAGUAGAACAGAAGUUUCCAAACGCCAACCUCACCAUCUACCGACUUGGAAGGGCCGCCGUCCCGAAAGACAUUUUGGCAAAGGUAACCGUCGUUUGCACGUUUGGAUAUUUUCCCGAUCCCAGCGACGUACCAAAUCUGAAAUUGGUGCAUUUUUUCAAUGCCGGCAUAGACCACGCCUUGGGCCAGCCACUCAUCGCGCAGACUACAAUUCCCAUUACAAAUAGUGCAGGCGUUGCUGGCCCUCCCAUGGCAGAGUGGACAGUCAUGAACUGGCUGACGGCAGCGAAAGGCUAUGACCAUAUGAGGGAAGCACAGAGACAGCACCGCUGGGAUAGAUCGACGCAAUACAUCAAUGUGCACGAUCAGGUGGGCAAGCACGUGGGCAUUCUAGGAUAUGGAAGCAUAGGACGUCAAAUUGGUCGUCUUGCCUCCGCGCUUGGGAUGACUGUCCAUGCCUACACAGCUACUUCCCGAGUGACUCCCCUAUCCAGGAAAGACACCAGCUUUAUCAUUCCUGGCACUGGAGAUCCCGAAGGCUCAGUCCCGUCAUCGUGGCACCAUGGUACUGAUAAAGCCUCUCUGCACGAUUUCCUGGCUCUAAGUCUGGAUCAUCUUGUCAUCUUGCUCCCACGUACACCGCAGACGUGGCAUCUCCUUGGAGUAGAGGAGUUCAAGAUUCUCUCGGAUAACUGCUCGGCGAAGAAUUCGGGUAGGAGACCUUUUGUGACAAGUAUAUCUCGAGGCAGCGUCAUUGAUCAGGAAGCAUUGGUUGCAGCUUUGAAAUCUGGUCAGCUUAGUGGCGCAGCCCUGGACGUGACAGAUCCUGAACCACUGCCUCCUGACAAUGAACUGUGGGACAUGCCAAACGUACAUAUCAGUCCACAUAUGAGUGCUGUUGGGGUCGAGUAUAUUCCGCGAAGCUUAGAUGUACUGAAAAUGAACAUUGAGCGGUUGGAAAAGGGAGAGGCAUUGAUUAACGAAUUCACGAGGGGAAAAUGGCAUUAG